AUGUCAGCUGAAGAAACACUAGUGUUGAAUCUUUUGGAUUCAUACUGGUUUGAACAUGGAGUUUUGUCAGCGAAAAAAUCCACUAUGAAAAUAAGUCUAGUUGUCGGUGAAGAUCUUAUACAAUCAAAGCUGAAUCGAAGCGCAACCCUGAUAAGAAAAUCUCACAGCAGUGACCAGUUACUGAGCAUCAAAGACUGCUCGUCGGAGUAUUUCGAUUCACCGUCGCCAACGUCAGUCCUCCUCGCCGGGCCCCACCUUCAGACCAUACUAUCCGGCAAGCAAGUCGACAGUUUCCAGGAUCUCACCGAUACAGACAGUUCUUGUAUCUCUCUCUCCCACACGGUGGAAGGUGCUUUUGACACAGAGACCAGCACGAGAAAUAGACAGUUGAACAAGAGGAGGAGGAGUAAAAGGAGAAGUGGGGCCGUCAAAAGUUUGUCGGAGCUCGAAUUUGAGGAGUUGAAAGGAUUUAUGGAUCUGGGUUUUGUUUUUACUGCAGGUGAUGAUCAGAAAUUGGAUUCGAAAUUGGUUUCGAUAAUUCCAGGGCUGCAAAGACUCGGAAAAAACGUGGAUGAAUCCGCAUCCGAAUCCGAAUCUGAAUCGGUUUCUAGGCCUUAUCUUUCGGAGGCAUGGAAUUACUCCUCGAAUAAUCCAGCGAUGAAGGAUUGGAGAAUCCCGGCUUUUGGUAAUGAAAUGGAAUUGAAACAUCAUCUUAGGUUUUGGGCUCAUUCGGUUGCUUCUUAUUCCAGCGUCCGAUCAUGA